AUGACUCAACAACCUUUCCGUUCCGAUGUGCCAUCAUCAUCAACAACAACUCCAAUACGUCAUCGUUCCAAACGAAAAACACCAAAAACACAUCCCUCUUCAUUGCAAUUUAUUGAAAGCUCUCUGAAUGAAACGACCACACAACAACAAGCCUUCAAGCACCCUUCUCCCUCUCUAAAGAUUGAACAUCAUGAUCAUGGAGGAGAGAUCAUCAACCCUUUUACCCAACAAGGUGCUACAUCAACAUCAUCAUCACCAAAUACAUCUCUUUCUUUGAGUGCUUUGAAGAUUAACACAACACCAAAUUCUUUGAAAUUUCAAGAUCAUGAAGCACUACCUUCUCCUCCUUCUGCUUGCUUGAGUGAUACAGUAUUUAAUGUAUUUGGAAAUGCCAAUAAUCCGACGAGCAACAUCAACGACGACAAUAUUACAAUGACAUCAGUGGCGAAUAUAUAUCAUGAUUUUGGAAAUACUUAUUGGGAUGGCGCUUCAAAUUUUACCUCAAUCAAUGACAGUUUCAAUAUGCCACUCGCUCUCUCGGCUGAAGAUGAACAAAUGUUAGACCCAGGUCGAACCAAUGACGAUCCCAUUAUGGUUCUUUCACAAAUACUCUCUGAGCAAGAAAGUAUUGACGCUUCCAUGCACACGACCCUUACACAAGAAUUGAGCGAAAAUCUGAUCCUUUUAUCACAACAAAGUUUUAAACAAGAUCGAGUGAGUACUUGUACGACAUUUGCUCAAGCACCUCAACACAACGAAGAGCCAACAUCUCCCAUUAUUCGAAUGGUAAACCCCUUUGAGUAUUACAACCAUCAAAUGUACACAGAUGACGACAUUCAAGAACCUCUUGCAAGAUCACGCUCUAAUAGUAAUAGUGGCAAAUUCAAUCGACCCAACAAGAAACAAAAAACCUAUACCUUAACUCGCCUGAAAGAAUUACCCAUCGAUAUCAAAUACGUAAUUUUGAGCUUUUUACCUUACUUGCCCUUGAAGUUUUAUUUGAAUUUGGCGUUUAACCAUGCACAUCGAGAGGUAUUUUCUCAGCAAUUGAUACGAAACUCUUUUGCAAGAUCAACUAUAUCCUGUUCGUUUAUACCAUACCUUAAUGUGGAGCUGGUAUUUACUACAGAGCCAUUCGACCCAUUUAUCAAUUCAUUCAGCAAUAAUGGUGAGAACUCACAACAAGAAAUAGUUCCAUUAUCACAAAAUUCCAAUGUUUCAACGAGCUUGAAUACUCAGAACCAUUCAAUCACAAGAUCUGACAUGGAAGUCCUGUGCAUGCUUUAUGCUCCAAUUUUCAAUCAUGUACACCACUUGAAAAUAUCCACUGUGCUGACAACAACAUCAACAACAAGCAACAACUUGCCUUCCUCAAACAUGCAAAACGAACUACAAAUGUUUAUGCAGGUCUUGCAUUUUUAUAAGAGGCGCUACAAGCUGGUUAAAAGCUGCUUGGAUUAUCCCAAUUCACCCUUUGUGAAACCUUAUAUCUCCUCCAUUCCACAACACGCAUUUUCGUCCGAAAAUACUGUCGCUAUAUGCUCCAGAUUGAAGUCCAUAUAUUUAAAUUUUGAUUUCCCAAAUACUAUGAAUAAUGAUGACACUGCAAAUGACAGUAGCACACAAGAAACUUUUCUGUACGAGCCCAAUCCUACUUUUGAUACAAUGGUCAGCAAUAUUAAUUUGAACCAGUCCUUUAUUUCUGUGAAUAAGGCCAUUUCUCAUUUGCACAGAUUUCCCAAUCUACGAAACUUUCAAACUUGUUUAUAUUUUCCAGAAAAUAUUCAAAAUUCUCUGAUGGACUUGUCACCACUAUGUUACAUUCAAAGAAUACACCUCUGUAAUAUUUCUAGCAAGAUGCUGGAGCGACUAUUCUACCAUUCAGACAACAAAAUCAAAGCUUUAAUUCUCACUGGUUUGAGUUAUUCUCCACUAGAACUCUUAAUGAACGCUAAAACUCCUAUUAUGAAGAAUACCAAAUUUUCAGAGUUUUUGGAAUCGAAUUGUAUCCCUUCGUUAAAAUCUUUGGAAAUUUCAGAACCUCAAACCGAGAAUCAAAGACCACGUUCAGAAUGUACUUUGAACGGCCUUCUUCGAAACUCUUCCAUUACCAAACUUUCUUUGGUCUUCUUUUUACAUUUAGGUGCUACUGCAGCCAGGAAUUUAUCAAAUUCUAAUAUCACCUCUCUCACAGUUGCCAAUUCAUUCAGCAAUGCCACUCGUUUUUCUGCCUUUAUGGAUGGCCUCGCCCAAAAUACGGUCAUUAAGAGACUUCACAUCUCGACACAUUUCUCAUCACGAUUGGCCUUUGAGAACUUUCUCAUUAAUAAUACAGUGUGUGAAAAGUUUAUUGCCGAGUAUGAUGAUAGAAAUCGACUUUUGGUACUGAGCAUUGAAUGUUUGAAACAGUUAAAGACGAAUCAAGCGCUAAAAGUACUAAAAUUGCUGAAUUUUACCUUUGAUACUGAAGAUGAAGUGGUUGAAGAAGUAUUGGCCAAUUCUAUACCUCAAAUUGAUGUUGCUAUUUGUAGAAAAUCAUUUGCCUCUAGUUUUUCUCAACAAUAA